CAUUUUUCUCCUUUUUAUUUCCGUACGCAUGCUUACCGUUUACUCAUUAUUGUACAACAAAUAAAUAGGGAAGAAUAUCACGCUUGUACAAAAAUGAAGACCCUGUUGUUAUUCCUGGCUGGGCUCUCCAGUAUCUAUACACUGGAUAAUGGAUUGGCCCGCACUCCCCCUAUGGGCUGGAACUCAUGGGAACGUUUUAGAUGCAACACUGACUGUCUCAAUGAUCCAGAAAAUUGCAUUGGAGAGAAACUGUACAUGCAGAUUGCGGACAGAAUGGCAGAGGAUGGCUACAAAGACGUUGGAUAUGAGUACGUAAAUGUAGACGACUGCUGGAUGGCCAAAAAACGAGGACCUGAUGGAAGACUGCAGGCAGACCCUGACAGGUUCCCCAGUGGCAUGAAAGCUCUGGGUGACUAUAUCCACAGUAAAGGUCUGAAGUUUGGGAUCUAUGAGGACUUCGGGACAGAAACGUGUGGGGGAUUCCCUGGCAGCAAGUUCUUCAUGGAAUCUGAUGCUCAGACAUUUGCUGACUGGGGUGUAGAUCUACUGAAGUUAGAUGGUUGUUAUAGUAAUGUAGAAGACAUGACUUCUGGAUAUCCCAUUAUGGAGUUUUUCCUCAACAAAACAGGCAGACCUAUUCUCUACUCUUGCAGCUGGCCUGCUUACUUUGUAGCCAAUGAUAAAAUUCCUGAUUACAAAGCUAUUGCUAAGAGCUGUAACAUCUGGAGAAAUUUUGAUGAUAUCCAGGACUCAUGGGAUAGCGUGGCCAGUAUCAUUGGAUACUAUGGCAAAAAUAAGGGAAACUUUUCUGAUGUAGCAGGUCCAGGAAAUUUUAAUGAUCCUGAUAUGAUAAUAGUUGGAAACUUUGGCUUGAGUAAGGAACAGCAGAAAUCCCAGAUGGCAAUGUGGGCCAUCAUGGCAGCCCCCCUGAUCAUGUCCACAGACCUCAGGAAUAUUGACCCUUACUCCAAGGCCCUCCUACAACACAAGGGGGUAAUAGCCAUCAAUCAGGAUCCCCUAGGACAGCCCGGGGCUCUAUUGGUAGAUAUGAACCAAAUACAGUUCUGGUUUCGGCCGGUCACUCCACAGGGAAGUGUCGCCUUCGCAAUUCUUUACACUGGAUCAGGAGGAACUCCGGAAAAGCUGAGUGUGGAGUGUCAGACGGUAGGCAUGAUAGGACCAGGGGCGUACAAUGUCACAGAAGUGUUUGACGGACGGUUUAUUGGAAUGUUUAAACCUAUGGACAAAAUCAAUGUCACCGUCAAUCCAUCGGGGGUGUUUUUUGCGAAGGCUGUGUACUUAGGUUAAGAUAUUUGUUAAGACUUUAUAAGAGAAAUGUGAAUUUCUAUCAUUCCAUCGCCAUGUUGUCAAGUUUGUAUAUGGGCAAUGUUUCUCAGGUGUUAAUCUGGUUGUUGUUGCACAACUUUCGGGGAAAAAAGUUUGAAUACUAAUCAUUUUAUGCCAGCCAUUCCAAACAUUCCUUUAUAUAUUAUUAAUGUUUUAAAUCUAUGUAAAACUUAUCAAUCCAUGAAAUCUUAAAUUUAUUGCUAGAAAAGAAAUAAAUGUCAACAGUUGUUUUAACAUGUUUUAAUAUUUCAUAUGUUUUAUAAUACACUGUACUACUUAAUAUUCUUUUUUGCAUACCAAGCUACACCAUCAUCUGAGAAAACCGUCCUUUUAGACUGUGAUUUCAAAAUAUCUGUCCCAGAAGAGGACGCUUUCAUGUUAAAAAGCUACAUUACCCUCUCAGGUUGGCUUUACAGUCACUAUUUUUUGGCAUUGCAUAUGGGUACCUGUCAUAUGAUGAGAGCACUUUAUGAAACCUAUUCUCCUAAACCGAGUUGUCCUUCUUUCCCAACUCAGAGUGAAUACAAUGGUAGAAAGUGCUCUUAGCUAUGAUAUGUUAAAAAUAAUGAUCUUAAAAUUUUUCCCCUUGGGUAUUUAUGCAAUAUAUUUUUGGUCACUCAGUUUUUAUAAUACAUUCUUUAUAGAUUUAAUAACCUAGAUAUAAUACUCCUUGCAUUUAUUUAUAGAAUCGAGAUAGACUUUAAUAAUAAUGUAGAGGCUAAUUAAUCUCACCUGAUUUCUUCAGCUUCAGAGUGAUGCUUAUUUUUCUUUUUAUAGGCCAUAUUAAAAUUGCACAGAUUAAUUUUUCAUAAAUAAAAUAUCCUGUGUUUGAGUUAUAAACUAUUUACAGAAUACACAUACAGUGAAAACUGUCUAAUCCGACACCUGUUCAAUCCAUCACACUGUGAAUUCCGACAUUAAAUUUCUUAUUCCCAUUUCACUUUUGUUCCUGUUUUUUACACCAGGCAAUCUGACACCCUGUUUAUUUCAACACAAAAUUUGUCUCCCAGUGGAUGCCAGAUCAGACAGGUUUCACUGUAUACAUUAUAGUAAUGCAGUUAAUUUAUUCAAUAUCCUCUUGCCCUACAAUACUGUUUGUGAAAUGUAGAGGUAGUAAAUUUUUGCUUAAUUUGUUUGAUUGUGUGUUAUGAAGAUAUAUUGUGGCAUAGCAUAAUAAAUUAAUAGAAUUGAAAA